UUUCUUCGUUAGUGUUGAAUUAGAAUACAUUUGAAUAUUUGUUGAAUUGCUGCGGCGCAGCGGGUAUUUAUAGAUGGCGGUAGUAGCGCGCUUUUGGAGGGAUCACGCAAUUCAAGAUGGCGGCGAUUGAUGUUGUGCGUUUAUGAACGUCAGUACAGAGACCGGUUGUAAUAGAAGAUUAAUUGUGUUUAAAUCGAGUACAAGUUCGCGUAAACGUUAAAUCGAUUUAACUUCUAUUUUUGCUUAUAAAGGAUUACAUUGAAAGUAAGGAAUAUGUCGAAACCAGACGAAAAUGCCGACACAGGUGAUACUGGAGACAAUUCGAAUGGAUCCUCGGCGGAAACCACGUCGUCUCGUGGUGGAGACUUCGAAACAAAACUGGAGACCGAUCGAAGUAAACGUUUUGAUUAUUUACUAAAACAGACUGAAAUAUUCUCUCAUUUUAUGACAAACAAUCAGAAGGACAAAGCCGGAAGUCCUUUAAAGAUCAAAGCUGGCAGGCCUAGAAAACAACCGCAAGAGCCCCAGAUAAAAACCGAUUCCGGUGAUCACAGGCAUCGUAAGACAGAACAAGAGGAAGAUGAGGAAUUAUUGGCUGAAAGCAAUGCCAGCGUAGCACCUACUACGCGUUUCGAAUCCUCGCCACAUUACAUCAAGUCCGGUGAGUUGCGAGAUUAUCAAAUACGUGGUUUAAAUUGGAUGAUAUCCUUGUACGAAAACGGUAUCAAUGGUAUAUUGGCGGACGAGAUGGGUCUUGGUAAGACCCUACAAACUAUUUCGCUGUUGGGAUAUAUGAAACACUUCAGAAACAUUCCUGGUCCGCACAUAGUCAUUGUACCAAAAUCAACAUUGGCUAAUUGGAUGAACGAAUUCAAAAAAUGGUGUCCCACUCUUAGAGCAGUUUGCCUCAUAGGAGAUGCAGAGACUAGAAACACUUUCAUCAGAGAUGUUAUGAUGCCAGGCGAAUGGGAUGUUUGCGUAACAUCUUAUGAAAUGGUUAUCAAGGAGAAAUCGGUAUUCAAGAAAUUCAAUUGGAGAUACAUGGUAAUCGACGAGGCCCAUAGGAUAAAAAAUGAAAAAUCAAAAUUAUCAGAGAUACUGAGGGAAUUCAAAACAGCCAAUCGUCUUCUAUUAACAGGAACACCUUUACAGAAUAAUUUACACGAACUUUGGUCUUUGCUCAAUUUUCUAUUACCAGAUGUAUUUAAUAGUUCAGAUGAUUUUGACUCUUGGUUCAAUACUAACAGUUUCUUAGGUGAUAACUCGUUAGUCGAACGAUUACACGCUGUACUCAGGCCGUUCCUUUUGAGACGCCUGAAAUCCGAAGUAGAAAAGGGUCUUAAACCGAAGAAAGAAAUCAAGGUAUACAUCGGUCUUAGUAAAAUGCAAAGGGAAUGGUACACGAAGGUACUAAUGAAAGACAUAGACAUAGUGAAUGGUGCUGGUAAAAUUGAAAAGAUGCGACUUCAGAACAUUUUGAUGCAGUUACGCAAGUGCUGUAACCAUCCAUAUUUGUUCGAUGGUGCAGAACCCGGGCCUCCUUACACUACCGACGAACAUCUUGUAUACAAUUGCGGGAAAAUGGUAAUCCUAGACAAAUUGUUGCCAAAGUUACAGCAACAAGAAUCAAGGGUUCUUAUAUUUAGCCAAAUGACCAGAAUGUUAGAUAUAUUAGAAGACUACUGCCAUUGGAGAUGUUUUCAGUAUUGCCGUUUGGACGGUAAUACGGCACACGAAGAUAGGCAGCGUCAGAUCAACGAAUACAAUGCGCCAGAAAGCGAGAAGUUUAUUUUUAUGCUGUCUACCCGUGCGGGUGGUUUAGGUAUUAACUUAGCAACAGCCGAUGUAGUUAUUAUUUAUGACUCUGAUUGGAAUCCGCAGAUGGAUUUGCAGGCGAUGGACCGUGCCCAUCGUAUAGGACAACAAAAGCAAGUACGGGUGUUCAGGUUUAUCACGGAGAACACUGUAGAGGAGAAGAUCGUAGAACGGGCGGAGGUUAAAUUGCGUUUAGAUAAACUAGUUAUUCAACAAGGCCGAUUAGUCGACGCGAAGCAAACAGCGUUAAACAAAGAUGAAAUGUUGAACAUGAUCAGACACGGUGCGAACGAAGUAUUCGCAUCGAAGGAUAGUGCGAUCACUGACGAAGACAUUGACACUAUUCUACAAAAGGGUGAAGCAAAAACGGAGGAGAUGAAACAGAAGCUAGAAAGCUUAGGUGAAUCUUCUCUGCGUAACUUCACGGUAGACGCCCCGACUGAUUCCGUGUACCAAUUCGAGGGCGAGGACUAUCGUGAAAAACAGAAGAUCCUCGGGCUAGGUAACUGGAUAGAACCUCCCAAACGUGAACGCAAAGCCAAUUACGCUGUCGAUGCUUAUUUCCGUGAAGCUCUCAGAGUAUCAGAACCAAAAGCUCCGAAAGCACCCAGGCCUCCCAAACAACCUAUCGUUCAAGACUUCCAGUUCUUCCCGCCACGACUAUUCGAGUUGCUCGACCAAGAGAUCUACUACUUCCGUCAGACUGUAGGAUACAAGGUCCCAAAGAAUCCUGAGCUUGGUUCUGACGCGGCUAGAAUUCAGAAAGAAGAGCAACGUAAGAUAGACGAGGCUCAACCGUUGACCGACGAAGAGGUCGCGGAGAAGGAGAAGCUUCUUACUCAAGGUUUCACGAAUUGGACGAAGAGGGACUUCAAUCAGUUUAUCAAGGCGAACGAGAAAUAUGGCCGAGACGAUAUCGAGAAUAUCGCGAAGGAAGUAGAAGGAAAGACACCGGAGGAAGUGAUGGAAUACUCGGCCGUAUUCUGGGAGCGUUGCCACGAGCUUCAAGACAUCGACAGGGUGAUGGCCCAAAUCGAACGGGGCGAAGCGAAGAUACAAAGACGGGCCGGUAUAAAGAAAGCACUGGAUGCUAAGAUGGCCAGAUACCGUGCCCCGUUCCAUCAACUAAGGAUAGCGUACGGUACCAACAAGGGUAAGAAUUAUACCGAGGAAGAGGAUCGUUUCCUUGUAUGCAUGCUGCACAAGCUCGGUUUCGACAAGGAGAACGUCUACGAGGAACUACGCGCCACGGUCAGAUCGGCGCCCCAAUUCCGUUUCGACUGGUUCGUCAAGUCGCGCACGGCCCUGGAAUUGCAACGACGAUGCAACACCCUGAUCACCCUGAUCGAACGGGAGAAUCAGGAGCUAGAGGAACGGGAGAGGCAGGAGAGGAGAAAGAAGGGUGGAAGUAUCGGCGCGAAACCCGCGUCCAAACGGAAACAAGAGAACCUGCCUGCGCCGCAAGAUAAGCCAAGGAAAAAGAAGAAAUAAGAAUCGGUUCCUCCGGAAGAACGUUUCUCUUUGUGUCUUCAGACAUCACAAACAUCUUUUUUUCCAUUCUUCAUUCUUCCAACGAUCAUUCGUACGUCGCGUCGUCCUUGUUCUCAUACCUCGUGGCCCACGUAUUCAGUGUGAUUAUUUCAUUCUCGGAGGACGAUAGUUGAAUUCGACAAGCGAAAAAAUGAAAUUUAUUAACGCCGGGUAUUUACUCAUUCGUGUCAAGAAAUAUAAAAACACAUAUUUUUGAAUAUAACAUCAAAGGAUAACUCUUUUUCUUUUAUACAUAUAUAUAUUUAUACGUAUAGAGUUUUUUAACUGGUCGCCACGAAUACAUCGAAGCAAUGCUUCUUGGUAAAAAGAUCAAUUAAGAUUUUUCCCAGACAGUUAUCACUGAAACGUAACACGCUAGCCGACAGCAAUCAUCUAUUUAGUGCACACAAAUGAAACACGUAUGUACCUUGAUUUCAUUCUCUCCGAGAAACAUGUACUGUAAUAUUACAUGAACGAUUUUUAUUUAUUUAAUAGCAUUUUAAUGGCAUUGUAAUUCGUUUUACGAAUAAAAAUAUCAUGUGCCGCA